ACCUGGUAACCCAAUCUCGUUCAACACAACAUGUUUUCUCCACUCCUGACUUCCGUUGUGGUUUGCUGAUGUUUUCUUUUUUGGUCUAAGACUAGCAAGCAAAUAAGAGGAUAGUCAUUUCCUCAUUUUCAAGUCUUCAUCCUCACAUGGGCCAGAAAUAUCUUUCAAGCCCCAGAUUGUGACAGUUCCUGGGUGAGCAGUGGAUCUUUGUCCCCCUCUCCUGGGCCCUUGAAUGGGACCUUGUUCUGGAAGGAGCCAUGGACCUCUGGCUUUGGUUCAUCUACUUCCUGCCCACAGUAUCUGGAGCCCUGAUGCUCCCAGAAGUCAAGCUGGAGGGGAUGCUGGGCGGAUCUAUUACCAUCGAGUGCCCACUUCCUGAAGUGUACGAUAGGGUGUAUCUGUGCCGCGAGACAGCCAAACCGCAAGUGUGUUCCACCGUGGUGUCCAGCGUGAAUUUUGUCAGGGAAAAAUACAAGAACCGAGUCACCCUGAAGCUGUGUCCAGACCGGAAUGUGUUCCUAGUGGAGGUGACAGAGCUGACCGAGAGUGACAGUGGAGUCUAUGCCUGUGGGAAAGGCAGUCACACAGACUGGGGCAAGACCCAGAAAGUCACCCUGGAUGUUCGCAGUGGCUUCCAUCUCCUUCCAGAGCCCACCAGUGCAUUCCUCAUGCCACCUGUAGAGUAUGACCCAUUCUGGGAAGAGGAGAAGCUGCCACCCUGGUUUCGGGAAGUUCCACCCAUGGAGAUGCCCCCUUGGUUCCAGAAACCUGUACUUGCCGGUUCCUUCGAAGUCCUCUCCAAAGAAACCUCACCCGCUCCGACGACGAAGGCCCCUCCAGCACAGCACUCCUCCCCCACCACCCCAAUCACCCACCGCCCUCGAGUUUUCAGGUCAAAGCCCACUACCCGCCUGUCACCCACCACAAGCUCAAAGACCUCAGCACCGGAGGGGCUGCUCAGGCCCCAGACAGCCAGCUACAACCAGCACACCAGGCUUCACAGGCAGAGAGCCUCCCACCACGGCCCAGCUGGCCCAGCGUCCCCAAGGGAAGACCAGGGGUUUCAGCUCCUGAUCCCCAUCUUCCUGAGCCUCAUCCUACUGACACUUCUGGGGAUGCUGGUGACCAGGAUCAUUCAAAGGAAGAAAGCCCUCUCCAGGCGGGCGAGCCGGCUGAGGAUGAGCGCCAUGGGGGCCUCCCAGCGGCCCCAGGCGCAGCGGCCCCGCGUGUCCCAGCGGCCACGCUCUCAAAACAACGUCUACAGCGCCUGCCCCCGGCGCGACCGGGGGGCCCACGCCGCGGGUGACCUGGAGGCACCAACCCCGGGCCCCGGAGCUUUGGCACCGCCCGCUCCGCCACAGGUGAGCUCUGCCCCCGCCCAGGUGUCGGAAAGUCCCUGGCCCCAAGAGCCAUCUCUGAAGAUCAGCUGCGAAUACAUGAGCGUUUUCCACCAGCCUGCCGCCAUGAUGGAGGACGCUGAUGCAGAUGAAUACGUCAAUAUCUCCUGCCUCACUCACCCCUCCAGCUGUCCCCCUGGGCCCAGGCCUCUGCGCCAAUGAGUCUUGUUUGUCUGCUGGUUUCCAACACCUGAUCCUAAUGUCCCACAUCUCCCCUUCCAUCCUGUCUCUGCCACAUCGCCCUGAGCUUAGCUCACUUCCCUCAGCUCUUCUGCACACCUUUGCAAACACCCGUGGCCUUCAGGUGGCUUCUGGCCACACAGGGCAUUUGUCCCGAUGCCAUCUGCUUCCUUUUCAAGCCCCGUGCCAGGCUGUGGGAUUUGCAGACUAUCUUUGACCACAGAGGUUUUGCGGCCUUGGCUCUAGACCAUGUGGCAGCGAGCCGGAGCCCAGGCAUAGCUGUUGCUUCUGGAACCCUUCCCAGGCCUGGGCCUCCUACCAAUGGAAGAUCCCCGGACUGCAACGUGAAGCCAUGCCUCAGCCCUGUGAGCUGGAGGGGGCCUGGUAUGAAAUGCCCCCUGGCAACACCUUGCCUUGGUCUUCAUGAAGGGUGGCACUAGUGAGUUUUACUCAUCUUGUGUCCUAUGACAGGGUGUGAUGUGAUGAAGGAUUCUAAAUUUUCAGAACCAUAUAUAUUUCCCAAUGUCCCUGCAUCUCCUUUAAGUCUCCCUUCCUUGAUGCUCCUAAGGAUUCUAACCCUAGCAUUUUCCCUCUUUUAAAAAAAUAGUUUUUGUCACUUCUAGAGGACUCUAAGGGAGAGGUCGACUACAGUACAGUCAUACCCUAUU